AUGUCAUACACAAAGGAGCAGGAAGCUGUCGUAUUACGAGUCCUCUCCUACAAAGGCCAUCAGUAUUACGAGAUAUUGGAAGUUUCCAAAACAUCCACUGAUUCAGAAAUCAAAAAGUCUUACAGAAGGCUCGCAAUCAAAUGCCACCCAGACAAAAACCCACAUCCGAGAUCGUCAGAGGCAUUCAAAGUAGUCAACAAGUCUUGGGAAGUCUUGAGCGACCCACAAAAGAGACGUAUAUACGAUCAAACGGGUACGGACCCCACGUCUAGAAUAUCGAGUGCUAGUGCAACCAGUCAAGGGUUUGGUUCGUUCACAGGCACGCGGGGCUUUGCUAGUGGAACCCAUGGCUCUUUUGACGAUGAUUUAUUCAAUAUGUUUUUUGGUAACGGCGGAAGCCCUUUUGCAUCUGGUCCAACAUUUACUUUUGGUGGCAACGGAUUCACAUUUCAAUCGUUUGGAGGGGGUCAGGACCCAUUUAUGAGACAUAGAAGAACUACUAGAAGAACACCUAGAGCAACACCCAAUACCCGCGCACAAAGUAGAGACGAAACACAAGGGCCACAAUCGUUUUCAGAGGUUGUGAAGAACUUAUUGCCACUUUUACUUGUCUUGAUCGUACCUAUCUUGUCUGCGUUAUUCUCGAAUGAUCCAUCAUCGGACUAUUCGUUUGUUCCUACUACCGAGUUUCGUCUAGAAAGAAAGACCCCGAAAUACAACAUUCCCUACUUCGUCAACGAUAAGUUUAGCAAGAAGAUGGAAAACAAAUCACGAAGGGAGAUCAAGAACUUUGGCUCCAAAGUAGAGAAUAUGUACAUACAAGAUAAGAGGGCCAAAUGCUCACGAGAACAAAUCCACAAGGACAAUUUGAUUGAAGAUGCUGUCGGUUGGUUCAGCACCGAUAUGAGGAAGCUAGAACGGGCCCAGAAUAUGCCAAUGCCCAAUUGUGACAUAUUGAGAAGCUUAAACCUUAUAUAG